ACCCCGAGCCGGGAGGAGGAAGCCGGCGUCCGACCCGUCAGCAGCCAGCGGCGGUGCGAGGGGCGGCGGCCGCGCUGCUGCCUGCGAGCCGGCCCGGCAGCCGGGCGGGCGGGGGGCGCCAUGAAGCUCUACAGCCUCAGCGUCCUCUACAAAGGCGAGCCCAAGGCCGUGCUGCUCAAAGCCGCGUACGACGUGUCCUCCUUCAGCUUCUUCCAGAGGUCCAGUGUUCAGGAAUUCAUGACCUUCACAAGUCAACUGAUUGUGGAGCGCUCAGCGAAAGGCAGCAGAGCUUCUGUGAAAGAACAAGAAUAUCUGUGCCAUGUCUACGUGCGAACUGACAGUCUUGCAGGAGUGGUCAUUGCUGACAGUGAAUAUCCAUCCCGUGUGGCUUUUACCCUGCUGGAGAAGGUACUGGACGAAUUCUCCCAGCAGGUCGACAGGACAGAGUGGCCAGUCGGAUGCCCUACUACCAUCCACUAUGCAGCCCUGGACGGUCACCUCAGUAGAUACCAGAACCCCCGAGAAGCUGACCCCAUGAGUAAAGUGCAGGCUGAACUAGAUGAGACCAAAAUCAUCCUGCACAACACCAUGGAGUCUUUGUUAGAGCGAGGAGAGAAGCUAGAUGACCUGGUGUCCAAAUCGGAAGUGCUGGGAACACAGUCUAAAGCCUUCUAUAAAACGGCCCGGAAACAAAACUCAUGCUGUGCAAUCAUGUGACGGCAGCCAUCAGAGGCCCCUGCACUGGAACAUCACUGUCAUUCACAUCAGAACUGCAGCCUCCAGAGAAGCAGAGCCGCCAUGGAAAGACCUGGAGUGGGGACAGACUCACAUUUUUCACUUUGGAGCUUCUAGGAGGAGCCAAGGGGUGGUGGAAGGGAUCUGGGGGUAGGGAACGUUCAAAUUCACAUGUCUAGCAAUUUUUGAAAAGAUCAUUUGAGGCCCCUAAAGGUGUAUUUUUGGGCCAAAUGAAACUAUAAACUCAGUGACUCCUGUA